UACCCCAGCUCUGGAAUGCCCUCUGGCAUGUUCAGCAUUGAUAAUAUCUUGGCUGCCAGACCUCGGUGUAAGGAGUCGGUGCUGCUCCCCCAGAAUGGCCCCGUGCUGUUCCCCGGUUUGGGGGACUCUCUCUAUGGAUCUGCAGACUACAGCGGAUUUUACAACCGAGCCGUGGCCCCCAGUUCCAGCCUGCAAGGGGUCAAUGGAUCUAGACUGGGAUUCAAUAACUAUUAUUACGGACAGCUGCAUGUGCAGACCCCCGUGGGACCCUCGUGCUGUGGGGCCCUGCAGCCCCUAGGAGCCCAGCAAUGCUCUUGUGUUUCAGCUGCCACAGCUUACGAAGGGUCCAGCUCGGUCCUUAUGCCCCCAGUUCCUCACCAGAUGCUCCCCUAUAUGAAUGUGGGAACCCUAUCCAGGACAGAACUUCAACUCCUCAACCAGCUCCACUGCAGGAGGAAGAGGAGACAUAGGACCAUCUUCACAGAUGAACAGCUAGAAGCCUUGGAGAAUCUCUUCCAGGAGACUAAAUACCCUGAUGUGGGCACCAGGGAACAGCUGGCCAGGAGAGUCCACCUGAGAGAAGAAAAAGUGGAGGUUUGGUUCAAGAAUCGCAGAGCAAAAUGGAGAAGACAAAAGAGAUCUUCAUCAGAAGAGUCAGAAAACACCCAAAAGUGGAAUAAAUCUUCAAAAGCUUCGGCAGAGAAAGGGGAAGAUCACGAGAAAAGUGAUUUGGACUCAGACAGUUGAUUAACCCCUUGGAUAUGGGAUCAAAUAAAAGAACUUUCACACAAAAGGAAGCUCCCAGUUGCACAAGCAAAUGCCAUGUUUUGGGAUCUGUACAUAGAGUGUAAAUAUGAUCGACUUGAUUACCUGUAAAUAAAGUAUGUUGCAGACAACUUGCACAGAUA